AUGUCUUCUUCUCAAGCGCUACCGUGGGCCAAGCGCCACUUCGACUUUCCCACGCUACUAGGAAGCGAUCUACUGGACUCUUUACAUCAGGAACAGGGGCUACUGAACUACGAAAAGUCCCAAUUGGUGACGAUAUUGUCUGAUGUUGGACAGUACCUUCAUCAGGUGGUGGAUUUGUUGACAAAGGUCGAGGAUGAGCCUCUUAGCUGGUACCAAGAGGAACGAGUCCUUGUCACUACUUUGCUGAAAGAAGUGUCGCUGAUAGAGCUGUUUAUGGCUCUGGCGAUGGCUGUUCCGGGGGUGUUCGAGCCUCAGGAGCUUCUGAGUGUUUUGAAACAUACAAGCGAUCGGUCAGCAAAGGCUAAACAGGCUAUCUUGCAAGCCCAAACAGCGGUAUCUAUAGCUGCACAGUAUCACGAAAUCAGGUUUGACAAUAUCAGCGAGAUCCACCGUGAAGUGGCAACGUGUGCUGAAUUGUACGAAUCGCUUGUUCAUAUCCAUUUAUCUCUGGACCUUCCGGGUGAUCUUACCAUGGAGAAAGUUAUCGCUCAGGUUAAGCUCACAGGCUCGAUCUCCGAAAACAGCAUUAAUACACCUUGCAUAAUGGCCUUUUCAGACGAUGAGAAGGCCUUCUUUGAAAACUUUGAAAAGUUUGAAAACAGGUUUAAACCAAUCAGCAUAUCCAUUAAGUUUCUAGAACACCGAAUUGGUGAGUUUAAUCAGACUUGUGGUAUUGUUUUCCCAUCUGCAAUAGCUGAUGUGAACAACGACUACGACUCGCUACGGAAAGCAUGGAAACGGGUCCUUUCAGAUUUUAGUAAACUUCGAGACUCUGCAAUUGUUCUGCGCUGGCGCCUCUUGUGUGUGUUUCUUAUAGAUCGAAUGCUGGCACGGCUUGACCAAAUGACGCAACAACUAAAUGAAAACCAGGGUAAAGGUAUCCUGGAAGUGACUGACGAGUUUGGAACGUCGUUCAAGCUAUGCUCAAACGCUAAUACAUUGCUCCAUAAGGCAGUAAUCGAACAUAUUGGCGACGAUGAAAGCAUAAAAGAGAAGUUCAAAACGGAAAUCCUUACUCGAUGGAAGAAAGUGAAUGAGCUACUAGAUGGCUCGAUAUUUAUGACUAAAUCCCCUGGAACUCCUCGUGAAGGAACUCCAGAAAUUGGUGAAGACGGCCUCAAACCUGUCAAGAUGAUUCAAAGACGGACACCGCUGGCGUUGUCCGACCAUAAACGAAGCACCUCCAUUAAUUCUCCUAAUAACGGCUUCGACUUACGACUUGAUGUUAAUCCUUCCCCUAAUGUCCCCAUCAGUGCUUAUAAGGCAGACAGAUUUGUCGACUUAAAUGUGGAACCCAGCCAGCUUCGAAGCACAAGGCUACAAAUGGCCCUUCUUGGUCUCCAACUGUCUCCAAAAGAAGAGGAUACUAGGGCAUCGCAUGAUGAUAGUACUGAAACCCUUGUGCACCCAAAGACGCCUGAAUUACGUCCAGGGGCGGGUGUUACACUUAAUUAUUCCCAAAAGCUUCAAGAGUUGAAUCAGGCGAUCCCACCUCCUCCUUCCAACAUUCCUGUGAUAGUUUCUAACUAUAUCCAUUUAAGAUUACCUGUUAUUAAGAAACUCCCAUCUAAAGGUUCUCGGAUUCCAAGCAUAAGCCCUACUCAUCCGGUGUUUUUAUCGCCCGAGAGAAGGCCCCAAAGCAAGCAGCAGAAUGGUACAGCAACAAAUUCCCUCUUCAAGACGCCUAAUAUGUCGCCGAUGCUCUUGAGGAGCCCGCCGCUGUUCACAUUACCCAAAAAGCGAGUGGCUGGAAGGAGAUUAUCUUCGGCAGGGUCUCUGCUUGCUGGUGAAUUGACGCCACAUGAACGAUCUAGGGCGUCGCUGCUUACUAUGCGAGCAGAUAAGCUUUCGUUGGCAGGUCAAACCACGCCGAAUCUUGCGUAUGAUGCUGGUGGCAUAGAUGAGAUUGAACCGUCGCUCGAUCGCUUGAGCCUUCUCAUCUAG